UUCCAUAAAUUAAUUAUUAUUAUUAUGUUAUCCUUUAAAAAGCAAGUCUUGAAGCCAUGGCAGCUCAAGCUCAGUUUCACUUUCUUCUUCUUCAACUUCAACCUCAUACGCCCUUCACUUCCUGUUCACUAAACCCCGGCACAUUUACCAACACUAAAUUUUGGAGUUGUUGCCCUGUGAAAUACCGCUCUAAAUGGGACGCCAACGCCGGACCCACACCCUCUGGACGCUCCAGAUUCAAUCACGAAGAUGAUGGGUUUUACUCCGACGCUGAUGAUGACCCCGGUGGUUUCUCCACGAAGCAGAGAAUCUGGUGGUCCGAAAAGGACAGUGAUUUUGAUUUUGAUAAUCCAUGGGAAGUUGAUGAGGAAGAUGAGUUUUGGAUUUUUAAGAUACUUAGAGCUUUUGGUUGGAUUUUUCCAGCCAUUGCCAUAUCAUUGUUGUUGGGAACAGGCCCCAAUGCCUUCUUAAUGGCACUAGCAGUUCCUCUAGGACAGUCAUUAGUCUCUCUUGCAGUUGAUAAAGUUUGGGGGAGUGCAAGCAAUAAACCAAAAUCCAGAUCCAGGACCAAGAGCAGAAGAAAACCUUUUGCAAGAGCUACAAGAAAUAGUAAAACAAGCCAGGUUAAACAAGAAAAUGAGGCUGGCAAAGGUAGGGGAAGUUAUCAGUCAUGGGUGGCAACAGACGGUGGUUCAUAUGAGAAAGAUGGCAAAAGUGGCCCGAGAUUUGGUGGUUGGGAUGAGCUAGACAAGAAAGUUGGAAACGAGAAAGCCGCUAAAAGCUCAGCAAGUCAAAUCGAAAACGAGCUACCAAAGCACCAGAAGAAAGGUAAACUGAGUAGGAUAGGGAGAAUGAGAGACAAACCAUUGUUGUUGAGGUUGCUGAUCGCCGUUUUUCCAUUCUUGGGUUCAUGGACAAAAUUGCUAUUUUGAUUGUGUAUGACCUCUUCAAUCUUGGAUGUCACUCUGUUCCCUUUUGCUUCGAAGUUGUAGGAGAGAUUUGGACGGUUGAUGGUUAUAGGGAAACAGAUAUAUGAACAAUUCUUAUAUGUGGUGCUUUUUCCUGAAACGAAGUGAAUCAUUAUUGGACUUAUCUUGACGCCAAGUGAGAAAUAAAAUGAAUGUCAUUUAUAAAUUAUAAUAGCUUAGCUAAUUUAUUGAGCACAUUCCUUCCUCAUUAUUUUGUGGACAGAAAAGGGAUAUGAUCUUGACAUUGAAUCUUGUAUUUAUUACUUGUUGUAUAAUACUUGUAUUUUUCUUAUAUAAACAAAUGUACAUUUUCU